AUGAAGACGGAUGUCUGUGAUAACAUCCCAAUGUGGAAUUUAUAUUUGUUUUACAGUAAUACAUUCAUUGCAACAUUUCAUAUGCUUAAGCUUAUAUCAUUUUGGCUUCUUGCAGUAUGCAUUUCACUUUUCAUCAGUUAAUGAAUUUUCAGGCUGUUUAAGAAUGUUGCAGAGAAGUUUGGUACAACUUUCAAUGGAGAUGGAACUCAUAAUUUGAUUGUUCGGCUGCCAUAAUGUCAUCAGGACUGGUUUACACAACAUCAGCAUAUCAUAUUCGCUAGCUGAUGUAGCUAAAAAGUUGAGGUUGAACUCUGCUAAUCCUGUUGCUGAUGCUGAGAGCAUUGUAUUGUAGCAAAGACCAUCCGUGAUAACUGAGGUGAUUCUGAGAUAAAUUACACCCUGCCUUCUUUUGUUGUUUGAGUCUGAUGUAGAAUUGAAAAAGCCCAUAUCACUUGAUUUAUUUAUUUUUCUUGGAGCUUAUCAAAAGAUAAUUGUAUUGGUGACAAGGGAAGAAAUAUAAUAAUGUAAAAAACUUUCCUUUGGCUGGGUUUCUAGGCAUUCGGCAAUUUCAGAUUGCUUGACGGUGCUAUUAUGGCGUAGCAUGGCCCGUGUGAUCAAACUUAUAAUUAUGAACACUCCACUUAAAAAAUGAGAAAAAUUCAGUGUCCAAUGUACAACUGUAUAACAGACUACUGACAAUCUGUAUAGGCAAAAUGGGACAUGUGGACGUAGCUCACAAAAGACGACACUGUCAUCAUUUCCAUGUGAGCCUGUAAAUUAUGAUCUGCACCGUUUGUUCCAUUUGAUAAAACCAUUCUGUCUUUUUAUCCACAAAUUGAGUUACAAACCAUGAGAUCCAUGUGAGACGAAAGAAGUAGACAUUGGGAUCUGUGAGGAGCUAAAGUUAAAUAAUUAGGGUUUUGAAACAUUCACGGCUCUUAUGUGGACAUGUGCGUGUGAGUAGGUUAGAAGGGAUGUAUAAGAGGAAUACUGAAAGAGAACGUGGGAAUGAUUGAAUGGUGUUCAGACUUGCACACAUAGAUUUAAUCUGAUAAAUUAUAAAAAUUGUUUCUUGAGUUCUCUUAUCUUGCAGAACCUCACAUGUGGCAUAGUUGCGUAAGCUAUUCUAUACCCUUAUUUAAACACAGUUUUUGUACUUGGAAAUGGCAAUAAUUGCAAAUACAAUUUCUACUCUCAUAUCCUUCAACCUCAUCAUCUCACUUGGGAUCUUGGGCAUUCAACAAGCUAGAAAAAAAAAAAUGGGCCGAGUUAUGUUUCUUUUGGGUAGCCUCAUUGGAUUAUGCAGCUUCACAAUCACUACCUUUGCCUUCUCACCUUCUGGAUGGACCAAUGCCCAUGCCACUUUUUAUGGGGGUAGUGAUGCUUCAGGCACUAUGGGGGGAGCUUGUGGAUAUGGGAAUCUGUAUGCAACUGGUUAUGGAACUAGAACUGCAGCUUUAAGCACUGCCUUAUUCAAUGACGGAGCUUCCUGUGGCCAGUGCUACAAAAUCAUAUGUGAUUACAAAGCAGAUUCCAGAUGGUGCAUCAAAGGAAGAUCUGUCACCAUAACCGCCACAAAUUUUUGCCCUCCCAAUUUUGCUCUUCCUAACAAUAAUGGAGGCUGGUGCAACCCACCCCUCAAGCAUUUUGACAUGGCCCAACCUGCAUGGGAAAAGAUUGGUAUUUACAGAGGAGGAAUUGUGCCCGUCUUAUUCCAAAGGGUUCCAUGCAAAAAGCACGGAGGGGUUAGGUUCAGUGUGAAUGGGAGGGACUACUUUGAGCUUGUGUUGGUCAGCAAUGUGGGUGGGGCUGGAUCCAUCCAAUCUGUGUCCAUUAAAGGAUCGAAAACUGAUUGGAUGGCUAUGUCAAGAAACUGGGGUUCUAAUUGGCAAUCCAACGCAUAUUUGAAUGGUCAAUCUUUGUCCUUCAGGGUCACAACCACUGAUGGAGAAACCAGAGUUUUCCAAAAUAUAGUUCCAGCAAGUUGGAGUUUUGGCCAAACUUUCUCCAGCCCAGUUCAGUUCUAAGCUCAGGAAAAACUCAACGGCUGAGGCGUGCUUUUUAUUUUAAUGGAGCAGCCCGCCACUCCUCUCAUCUGGUUUUGAUUAUUUGGUGGACUCAACCCAUCAACUCCAACCCCAUAAUGAAGGCACAAUAUAUACAUGCCUUAAUAAAUUGUAUCAAUAGGAAGCUAAAGCUUGUAGAAAUCAAAUAAGCAUCUUUCAGGUUUAAAUUUAUACCAUAAAUAAAUUGUUCUAAUAUGAAUACUAUAGUUCAAGUGGAGUUUGGGAAAAUAUCAGUUCCCUCAAAUUUUCCAUGU